GUAUAAGCUAUAUAUAUCCACACCCUCGUUCGUACCUAUCCUUUUUCCCCUUUCUAUUUUCCUCUUCUCUAACUGCCUUUUCUGCAAAUUUUUCUUCCAUCGAAACGACGUCGAAAAUCAAAAGAAACAAAAAGAGAAAACCCUAGCCCUCCCUCGCCCCAAAUCUCCAAAAUCUCGCGCUAUUAUCUCUCGUUUUCUUGCGAAUGCGAUUCUUUCUUCGGCUCGCAUGAGCCUUGCUUGCGUUCUUGCCUUUCUUGAGAAUCACCACCACCAGCACCACUGAAAGGGAUUUCAAUGGCGGAAGAAGAAGAACGAGGAGGAGAAGGGAAGAGGAGAUUCCGCAUAGGUUACGCGCUCGCACCGAAGAAGCAGCAGAGCUUCAUCCGCGACUCGCUCGUUUCCCUCGCCCGCUCGCGCGGUAUCGACCUCGUAAGGGUCGACACAAAUCUACCAUUGUCGGAGCAGGGUCCAUUCGAUUGCCUCCUCCACAAGCUAUACGGCGACGACUGGAAGCGCCAGCUGAGGGAAUUUGCGACGGCGAACCCUAAUGCGGCGGUUCUUGACUCGCCGGAGGCGAUCGAGCGGCUCCACAACCGGAUUUCGAUGCUGCAGGUGGUUUCGGAGCUGAGAAUCGAGUGCCGCUGCAGCGGUGAGACAUUUGGAAUCCCGAAGCAGAUCGUGAUCUACGACAAAGAAACACUGUUCGACCGGCAGGCGUGGGAGACGCUGAAGUUUCCGGUGAUCGCUAAGCCGCUCGUCGCCGACGGCAGCGCCAAGUCGCACAAGAUGGCGUUGGUGUUCAGCCACGAUGGCCUCAACAAGCUGAAGCCACCGAUCGUUCUGCAGGAGUUCGUUAACCACGGCGGCGUCAUCUUCAAGGUGUAUGUUGUCGGCGAGCGCGUGAGGUGCGUGAAGAGGAAGUCCCUCCCUGACGUCUCCGAAGAAAAGAAGGUCUCGGACGAGGUCCUCUCGUUCUCUCAGGUGUCGAAUUUGGCGGCGAACCAGACUAUUGAUGACAGUUACUACGAGAUGAUGCAUUUGGGUGAUACGGAGAUGCCGCCGUUGAGCUUUGUCACGGACAUUGCUCGGGGAUUGAGGAAGAGAACCGAAGAGGAUGGCACAGGGGGUGCCAUUGAGGAGGAAAGUGCCGGUUCGGAAAGGUGUUGGCAGGGUUGUGAUGAUUCAAGGUCCAUUGUGAGCGGUAGUUUUUGUGGAGAUGGGGAUGAGGGUAACCUUCAAGUAUCAAGUCGUGGCAUGGAAGAGAAAGAGAGUUCUGUUCAAGUAUGAGGAUUUUACUUUUUCUUUUUCUUUUUCUUUACUUUUUUUCCCAAACGAAUAAUGUGUUUCUCAUAUAAUGCACUCUGUCAUUGACUGGUGAUUUUGGGUAACCUGAAUUUGCAAACUGGACCCAUUAACCAGUUGGUGGUUAGACAUGAGCUGCACAUUCUGUUUAGGGGUAGCCAGUUGGUACAGUGGUGGAAUUGGUAGGGUUGUUUGUGCUAGUUUUUUAACCUCUUAACAUGUAUAUUCCUUACAGCAUUGCUCUGGAGAUAGAUAGUUCUCAAAUACCUGAAGCUUUAGGAAAGUUGUAUUUUGAGGCUUAAGUUCAUGCUAGAAACUGCUUUACGUUGUUUGUUUUUGGAUUUAAUUCGAUGCCUUAAUUCUUCCUUUGAUCAA